AACUAGUCAGUUCCCUCCAGGAGCAGGGGAGCUUCAUUUUCUGAUCUGGUUUUGUGCUAAAAUGGAGGCUGGCCUCUCGCCCUGAGUCGGUCGCCUUCCUGGUUGACGUUUAGAUGUUGACAUGCAAUAAACCCGAAGACAGGAUGGUCGUGGAUGCACCUAACUCCAACGGGCCGUUUCAGCCGGUGGCUCUUAUGCACUUCAGAGAUGUGGCCCCUGCAGAACAGGAGAAGCUCUUCAUCCAGAAGCUGCGGCAGUGCUGCGUUCUUUUCGACUUCCUCUCCGACCCUUUGAGUGACCUGAAAUGGAAGGAAGUGAAGCGGGCGGCCCUGAGUGAAAUGGUGGAGUACAUCACCCACAACAGGAAUGUCAUCACAGAGCCCAUCUAUCCAGAAGUGGUGCACAUGUUUGCUGUAAAUAUGUUUAGGACAUUGCCUCCAUCAUCCAACCCAACAGGAGCAGAGUUUGAUCCUGAGGAGGAUGAGCCAACACUUGAAGCUGCGUGGCCUCACCUCCAGCUCGUCUAUGAAUUUUUCCUUAGGUUUUUAGAAUCACCCGACUUCCAGCCCAAUAUAGCAAAGAAAUACAUCGACCAGAAAUUUGUUAUGCAGCUCCUAGAACUGUUCGACAGUGAAGAUCCAAGAGAGAGAGACUUCCUGAAAACGACUCUCCACCGGAUCUAUGGGAAGUUUCUGGGUCUGAGAGCGUACAUCAGAAAACAGAUCAAUAACAUUUUCUAUAGGUUUAUCUAUGAAACGGAGCACCAUAACGGUAUAGCCGAACUACUGGAAAUACUUGGAAGCAUAAUCAAUGGUUUUGCCUUACCACUGAAGGAGGAGCACAAGAUUUUCCUGUUGAAGGUUUUAUUGCCUCUGCACAAAGUCAAAUCACUCAGUGUCUACCAUCCACAGCUGGCCUACUGUGUGGUGCAGUUUUUGGAAAAGGACAGCACUCUAACUGAGCCGGUGGUAAUGGCUCUACUAAAGUACUGGCCAAAGACUCACAGUCCCAAGGAAGUGAUGUUCCUCAACGAGCUGGAGGAGAUCUUGGAUGUCAUCGAACCAUCAGAGUUUGUUAAAGUUCAGGAACCUCUCUUCAGACAGCUGGCUAAGUGUGUGUCCAGCCCACAUUUCCAGGUGGCCGAGAGAGCGCUGUACUACUGGAACAACGAGUACAUCAUGAGUCUGAUCAGCGACAAUGCAGCCAAAAUCCUGCCCAUCAUGUUUCCCGCUCUGUACCGCAACUCGAAGACACACUGGAACAAGACCAUCCAUGGCCUCAUCUACAACGCUCUGAAGCUUUUCAUGGAGAUGAAUCAGAAGCUCUUUGAUGAUUGCACACAGCAGUUCAAAGCAGAGAAAAACAAGGAGAAGGCAAAGUCAAAAGAGCGCGAAGAGGCUUGGAGCAAGAUUGAGAAUCUCGCCAAAUCAAAUCCACAGUUCUUUACACAUGUUGAUUCCUCUGACCUCUAUAGUCCUGUAGCAAUGGAGACGGCUGUCCCUUUGAUAGAAGAUGUUCAGAGGUUAAAAAAGACAGUUGAGGAGGGCGCAACUCAGUUGCAGCACGAACAGCGAAAAGAGCGGACCAUGGUGAGACGCAAAUCUGAGCUGCCUCAGGAUAUCUACACCGCAAAAGCCUUGGAGGUCCACCGUAGAGCUGAAGAAAUGUUGACCUCCCACGACGGGCUCUAGGCUGCACCUACUGCCCCCUUUUUACCCUCGACAGCCAUGGACAUCUUCUCUGCCCGGUGUUCAUGACGACACCGGUGAACCAUGCUGAGCUUUCCAUCCCGUCCCCGUGAUCAGGUUGUCCUCAGAAUCCCUUCUUCUCCAUUCCUGCUGCCUUCAGCGCAGAAACUGUUCAUCCAUUACCCACUGUUUUCUGCUCUCAGGUUAUGUUUUUCUCCUUAAUUUGACAAAGAGUGCGACAAGCUUGUAGUUUCUCCUCACCACUCAUGGUAAACACGGACCCUGGGAGCACAGACAGCACAAUACUGGUUCCUCAUUCAUUCAGGCGAGUGCGUUGACAGCAAAUCGGACUUGGAAUCAUAGGAAUUGCUUGACGUUGAGUCUGAGGAUUGUGUCCUGGUCUCUACUCGGUUUUCUUCUCAUCCAAAGGGAACAAAAGCAGACCCGGUUCACACGAAAGACUUUCAUUUCACCACAUGUACUUCGUUAGUUUUGCUCUAACAGACAUCCUGUCAGUGCCAAGGCUGUUGAGCUUUUUUUUUUUGUUUGUUUGUUUGUUUUUAACGCCUGCCUUUAGUUGUGGACACUUUUUGUUUUUCUUCCAGCACACUUAAGACUAAACUGAGUAUGUUUUUUAGCCUUGCGAUGUUCUGGAAAGAAGGCGAGGAAAGGGGAAGUUGUCCUGUGGACAUGUUGGCACUUUCCGUCUUAUCGUUUUGUGCCAUAUGUCGCUCUUUUUUUCUUUGUGCUUGCUUCCGUAGGAUCAUUGGCAAUAUCUAUAUAAAAAUUAAAAAAAGACCAUAGCUACACCAGCAGUUCCAACAAUGGUACUUCUGCUUAGCUUUAGGUAAAGUUUAUGAAAAUCAGAUUAUUUGCUGCCUGUUUUAUUUUAUUUAAUAUUUUUUUUAUUUAUUUUUUUUUAAAGAGGAGUUGAUCCAUAACAUCCUCUCUACCUUUGGAAAUGUGACAAAUUUAGAGCCUUUUAUCAUCAAAAAUACACCACUACUGUUUUUUUUUCUGGGUUUAAAGAUUUAAAGUUAUAAUAAAAUACCAAUUUCUAAUUAUCAACUAUGUCUUUUCUUCUACUUUAGCUGCUUGUAAUUGAAGUAUCUGUUCAAACCAACUUCUCACAGCGAUAAGGAAAAAGGCAAAAAAAAACUUCCACAUUUUCUUUUUUGGCGAGAUUUUAUAAAAGCAUCUCUGUGAGAAAGAUUUUAUAAGUUCAAAGCCUUUACACUUAUUAGGUACCAUUGUUUGAACUCAACAAGGUCAGCUAGAUAUAUUUUAUUUUUUUAAUCUGAUGUUUCCUUUAUUUUCUCCAAAGGUAAGUAUUGUGGACUUUUUCUUUUUUAAGGCUGUUCGACACGCCCAGUGUACCGAAGCUGGGACAAAACGGCUUAAAAAAUGCCAGAUAAAUAAAAAUAAACGGACAUCGUGACUUGGCUUGUUAAGUGUAUUAAUACUGUAUUUGCUGGAAUGCAAAGAAAAGAAAAAAAAUAUUAAAAAAAAAGAUGUAAAUGAAUACUACCAUGUUAAACAUGUACCUUUUACCCUGGACGAAUUCCUUCCAACAAACUGAUUUUCCGUCGUCUCGAUUGUCGGAUGAAGAAACGGUCCUGCCUGCUGGGAGAAAUGUAUUUAAUUUUAUGAGCCGUUUGGAGGAUUCUUUUAGUGCUGAAUACAACAUCUAUUAUUUGAAAGAGAUGAUUUAGAAAUAAUUUGGUGGCUUGCUCUCUUUCCACAAGAUCUUUAUAGGCCGUUUUAAUUUUAACACAUAAUUUCCAAAACAUGUUAACUUAAAAGUGUCCUUUUGUAUGUGACCUGUACUAUAUGAUUCAUUUAUUAUUGUAUAUAUGAUUUACCUUGUCUCAUGUAGUGUUAUAUAUCUAGAUUAAUUUUGUACAAAUUGUCCCUUCUGUACAGAAUAAAACAUCAAUAGCAAGUAAAA